AUGUGGGGUUUGACGCAGCACCAAGUGAACCAGCGUGAGGCUACGUUCGCGGUUGGAGCCCUUGGGGCGCUUUACGUUAGCUACAAAUGGCUCAUCGCCGUGUACAGGGCCAACGCCAUGACGCGUGCGUUCGAUGCCCAAGGACUACACCGCCCUAAGUCCACAUUGCCAAUUCUCGGCAACACGCUGGAUGUGAUGUUCUACCAGAAGGAGCGACUUUGGGAUUGGAUGGCGGAGCAAAGCAACCUUAAUGACGGCAAACCCUGGGUGCUCAGCAUUGUCGGUCGCCCCGACGCACUCAUCGUCACGUCCCCCGAGGCGUGCGAAGACGUCUUCAAAACGCAAUUCGACAAUUUCGGUCGAGGCACCGAACUCCGCGACGUGAUCUACGAUAUUUUCGGUGACGGGAUCGCUGGAGUUGAUGGCGAAGAGUGGUUAAAACAGAGAAGAAUUGCCAGUCAUCUCUUCUCCAUGAAAAUGCUUCGGGAUACAAUGGACGCAGUUAUCAUCGAAAAAGUGACCAAACUUAAGGAAGUUCUUGCCGAUUGUGCGAAACAAGACAAGGUUGUUCCGAUGAAGUCUCUGUUUGGCAAGUACACGAGCGAGGUUUUCACGAAAAUCGGCUUCGGUGUUGACCUCGACAGUUUGGAGAGUGACCCUUGUUCGGACUCGAAUAAUGCCUUCAUCAAGGCGGUUGACGUGUACGCUGAGGUCUUCGGGGCACGAAUUCAGUCACCUGCUUGGUUCUGGAAGCUUAAGCGCUUGUUGAGUAUCGGUGACGAAGGCAGACUCAAACAAAGCGCCAAGGUGGCGGAGGGUUUAACUCAAGAAGUACUGGCCAAGUCGUUGGAGAUCCGACGUCGUGACAGUGGUGAAGUGAAGCGAACGGAUCUAUUGACGCUGUUCGUUGAGAACAAUACGAACAUCGACCCUAAGGCGGUACACGAUACUCUGAUGAGCUUCCUCUUGGCAAGCAAGGACACUACGAGCUUCAGCUUGUCGUGGGUUCUCGUUAACCUUAACCGUUAUCCGGCUGUGCUUGCCAAACUGCGCAACGAGAUUCGAGAAAAACUACCAGGUCUUAUGACGGGCGAGAUCCAAGUUCCAACCAUGGAAGAUCUCCAGAAACUACCCUACUUAGAAGCUGUAGUGAAGGAAAGUCUACGUCUGCACAUGGCAGCGACUAACCGCAUGACCAACACGUCAACGACACUCAGUGAUGGCACUUUUGUACCUGAGGGCUGUGCGGUUAUGGUCCCGAUCUACGCUUCUGCACGUGUCAAGAGCGUGUGGGGUGAGGAUGCUGCCGAGUUCAAACCUGAGCGAUGGAUCGACCCUACGAGUGGAAAGGUUAAACCGGUGUCGCCAUUCAAGUUCUUCACGUUCGCAGCGGGUCCCAGACAGUGUCUGGGUAUGCGCUUUGCACUGUUACAGAUCCAGACGACAGUCGCCGUGCUCUUCAGCCACUUUGACCUCAAGACCAAGGAGAACCCGUUCGAUAUCACGUACGACUUCGCCAUCACACUUCCGGUCAAGGGCCAGCUCAACGUUACCGUGCGCGAGAUCACACCCGCUGCCUAUUAA